AUGAACGAUAGACAUGAUAGCUUGAAAAUAAUUAAUGAUUUUAUUUCAAACAAUUUGCCAUUCAAAGUGGUUUCAAAUAGUAUAAAAUAUUCGACGCCAAUUAUUGAUUCGGAUGAUAAUUCCAGGAAUAUCCUUCUAAUUUUAGACAGUUCAUUCAAUCCACCACAUUGGGCACAUUAUACAAUCAUAUCUAGGGCAAUUGAAUAUUAUAAGUCUUUGGGCUAUAUUUCUAUUAGAGUAAUGCUGUUACUAUCAAUCGAAAAUGCUGAUAAAAAACCUAAACCUGCAUCUUUUCAUGAAAGAUUAGAUAUGUUACAAAUAAUGGCCGGCAUAGUAUGUAAACAAGAGUCUAUUGAUACAAUAGUUUCUAUUACUCGAUUCAGCAAGUUUGUUGAUAAAGAAAAAAUGAUUAGAGGUUAUAAUAAAACCGAUAAAAUUGUAUUCUUGCUUGGAUUUGAUACCGCGACAAGGCUAUUUGAACCAAAGUAUUAUUUACCACAAACUGUACCUCAGGCUCUUGAAAAAUUCAUGGAAAAUACAGAAUUAUUUUGCUUAACCAGAGGCUCUAAUGAAGAGACGAUUUCUGAACAGUUAUCGCUACCAGCUGAAAUAAAGUCUGGCAAAUACGAACCCAAUAUACUUAAGGAAUGGGCUUCUAAAAUCCACGUAAUUUCAAAUAGAAAUCAGUAUAAGGAUGUAUCCUCAUCAACGGUUAGGCAUGAACUUCUGACUGGAACGCCAAUUAAGGAACUAGAAAACCAAGUCCCCAAGGAAAUUUUGAAUUAUAUACAAAAUUCAGGAGCUUCAAUAUUUUCCUAG